AUGUAUGAAGACGUAGAAGAUGUAGAAGAUGUAAGAGAUGUAGAAAAUGUAGAAGAUGAAGAAAAUGUUGAAGAUGUAGAAAAUGUAGAAGAUGUAGAACAUGUAGAAGAUAUAGAAGAUGUAGUAGAUGUAGAAGAUGUAGAAGAUGUAGGAGAUGUAGAAGAUGCAGGGGAUGUAAAAGAUAUAGAAGAUAUAGAUGAUGCAGAAGAUGUAGCAUAUGUAGAAUAUGUAGAAGAUGUGGAAAAUGUAGAAGAUGUGGAUAAUGAAGAAGAUGUAGAAGAUGUAGAAGAUGUAGAAGAUGUAGAAGAUGUAGAAGAUGUAGAAGAUGUAGAAGAUGUAAAAGAUGUAGAAGAUGUAGAAGAUUUAGAAGAUGUAGGAGAUGUAGAAAAUGUAGAAGAUGUAGAAGAUGAAGAAGAUGCUAAAGAUGUUGAAGAUGUUGAAGAUGUAGAAGAUGUAGAAGAUGUUGAAGAUGUUGAAGAUGUUGAAGAUGUAGAAGAUGUAGAAAAUUUAAAGAUUUAG